UUGCACUAUCACAAAUGAGUCAUAAUAAAAUCGGUGAAACACAAUAAUACUAAUAACAACACUGAUUUCUGCCAGACAGUUUGUUAGAUAUCUCUAUUUUUUUACUUCAACAGCCGGCCGUUGGUUUUUUUACAUGUUGUUUCACAAUUGAUAGGCGUUAAUAUGCUUUUCAUUCGACUACUUGUAAUUCUGCUAGCUGGCGUUAAUGCUGCAUUAGCAUUGCGCAGUUUUGCACGUGGCAGAAGCAAGGGUGGAAACCUAGGAUCACCUGUUCUCUCUAAAGAUUACGUGCCAGUUGAGGAUCAGUGGUUUGAACAAUUUCUUGACCAUUUCAAUCCAACCGACGCUAGAACAUGGAAACAGCGAUAUUUUACCAAUUCCGGAUUCUACAAGAAAGGAGGGCCAGUCUUCCUUAUGAUUGGCGGGGAGGGAACUGCUAAUCCAAAGUGGAUGGCAGAAGGAGAAUGGAUUGAAUAUGCAAAGCAAUACGGAGCCUUGUGUUUCCAAUUGGAACAUCGCUUCUAUGGCAAAAGCCACCCGACUGCCGAUUUGAGUGUGAAAAAUCUCAUGUAUCUGAGCUCUGAACAGGCACUGGCCGAUCUUGCUUAUUUCAUCGAAGGGAUGAAUCUCAGACAUCAGAUUCCUGCAGGAACCAAAUGGAUCACUUUUGGCGGAUCUUAUCCAGGUUCUCUGGCUGCUUGGUCUCGAGCCAAGUAUCCUCACCUUGUUCACGGAGCCAUGUCAGCCAGUGGACCCCUUUUGGCACAGAUUGAUUUUCAGCAAUAUUACGUUGUAGUCGAAGAUGCCUUGCGAACCCAUUCCCAGGCAUGCAUAGAUGCAGUCGUUACUGCCAAUAAACAAGUUCACAUAAUGUUGCGUCAUCCUCUUGGCCAGAAGGGACUUGCAGAAAAAUUCAAGUUUUGCGACCCUAUCGACCCCGGUCACACGAAAAACAAUGAUAUAGCAAAUAUGUAUGAAUCACUGGCAAGCAAUUUCGCUGAGGUAGUACAGUACAACAAGGAUAAUCGUAAAAGUUCAAAAACGGCCAACAUAACGAUUGACACGAUCUGUAACAUCCUGGUAGAUGAGAGCAGAGGUACACCUGUUUCUCGUCUAGCUCAGGUUAGCAAUUUACUUCUCAAGGCAAACGAUGAGAAAUGUUUCGACUAUAAAUAUAACAAAAUGAUCAGUGAACUUCGGAAUGUCAGCUGGGCUGAUGAGGCAGCAGAGGGAGGUCGACAAUGGACUUAUCAAACCUGCACCGAAUUCGGAUUCUUCCAGACAUCGACUGCGCGACCUCAGCUUUUCAGCGAAACUUUUCCAGUAGAUUUCUUUGUUCAGCAGUGCACUGACAUAUUUGGACCAAGAUACAAUAUACAUCUCCUGCAAUCUGCGGUCGAACGUACCAAUACAAUUUACGGAGCUUUCGAUUUGGAUGUCAGCAACGUGGUAUUUGUCCAUGGAAGUAUUGACCCGUGGCAUGCUCUUGGCAAGAUAAAGUCCACCAACCCUCGGGCACCAGCCAUUUACAUAAACGGCACGGCCCACUGCGCCAAUAUGUAUCCUCAGUCGGAUAAUGAUCCACCACAAUUGACCGAGGCCCGGAAACGCAUUGGUCAACUGAUUGGUCAAUGGCUUAAGAACUGAAAGACUGAUUUAAAUGAUAUGUAUUGUGGACGAUAAUAACUCUAAAUCCAAGCCAAGCUUAUCGAUAUGAUACAAAACAAGAUGUAAGUAACUUGGCAAAUCGUGAUAAUGUUCUACAGACUGUGAAGUUAUAUUUUAUACAAAGACAUGAUAUAUAUACCCAGUCGUUAAGUUUAAUCUUAAAUGUGAAUGUAAGUUUCUUUCUCAAUGCUGUUUAGUCUAUUUCUUUUUGAAACACGUUUUACAAUAAAGCGUUUUAGAAAGAUUAUUAAAAAAGAUACUGUUCACUUAUUUGUCCAAUAUUUCGUAAGCAUGUAGCGACCACAUGUUUUUGAAUGACCUAAUUAUCGAAAUCAAUUUUAAUUUUCUUCAAAUAGUUACGUGAUUGGUUUAUAAUAAAUUGGAAGUAAUAGCAGCAUUUCAAAAUUAUACAAUCAAUUUCAUAAAUAUAUUUAUUCUAAUACGAUUGUCAAUACAUUGACUAUAACUAAUUUCUAUUUAUAAUAUACAUAACAUGCCUUAGAGUGUUACACCCACGAAUCUCUUUCAAUUUUAACACUGCGUCGUGCAUGGAGUAAAAGUCUUAAUAAUAUAUUCAGGUAAAGUAUGUGAGCGCCUAUUAAUGGCAGCAGUAUAUUUUACCUUGGAAAUCGCGAAUGACGAAAUAUAAUUAUAAAAUCACUAAGGUUACAGUGAUGUAAUUAGUUGUUUAACAAUAAUCCGAAGUUCGUUGUAUGCUGAACUAUAUGUAUAUUCUUGUGAUUCUGACUGUCUCGAGUUUUUUUUCUUUGUUUUACGUCGGAGCUUGUUCGUUAAUAUCUAUCAGUUUUAUCAGGGUGUUUUAUUUUUAUUUCU